AGAGGGAGAGAGCGAGGGAGGGAGCGAAAGAGAGCAGAUGAAAAAGGUGGGCUCUCAGUCUGAUGCACUUCUUGCCACAGUGCCGCUGUUCCCUGUCAUGAUCAAACUGUAGCAGUUGUGGAUUGUGCUGCUGUCUGUGAUGGCUGUUCUGAUGUUGUAGUGUACAAGACGGACUUUUUUCGGACUAUUACUAACUCAGUGAACUUGUUUCGGCAUUGAGGGAAAUGUAUUUUUUGCUGAGAACAUGUUGACUCCAUUAAGAGGUCCUCGUUUGUGGAAGCAUGGGAAGUCCGGGCUGAAGUUUGAAUGCGGCCAAACAAUCCUCCAGAGGCGAGAAAUGUAAGAACAUCUGCUUUUUGCAAGCAGUUAUCAUAUUUAUGACUUAAGUAAAAUGUUGCUGUGCAAAACAUGUAGUGACUGAACUGGUGAAGAAUGGACGGCAACCUGAGUGCAUCAGCUGCUUUGAGGAACCACACAACCCCCUACCACCCGGCCGCGGGAUCCUGGAUCCUCGUCAUACUGGUUGCUGUCAUCAUUAUCAUUGUCGUAGGAAACCUGCUGGUCAUCAUCGCGAUAGCUUCUACUUCCCAGCUCCAGACAACGACGAACAUCUUCAUCAUGUCACUGGCGUGUGCUGACCUCAUCAUGGGGGUCCUGGUGGUGCCUCUGGGGGCCACCGUUGUGCUGACGGGCAACUGGCAGCUAGACACAACUUUUUGUGAUUUCUGGACUUCAGUGGACGUCCUAUGUGUGACAGCCAGCAUAGAAACUCUCUGCGUGAUAGCCGUGGACCGUUACAUAGCGAUUACCAGGCCGCUCCGACACCAGGUUUUACUGAGUAAGUGGCGCGCCAGGGUAAUCGUUUGUUUGGUUUGGCUCGUUUCCGCCUUAAUCUCUUUCGUACCAAUUAUGAAAGGCUACUGGCGUGCAAACGAUGAAUAUGAAGCCAGAAUGUGCUACGAUGACCCCGCCUGCUGUGACUUUGUCACCAACUGGGCUUAUGCCAUCGUAUCUUCCACAAUGUCUUUUUACAUUCCACUCUUUAUAAUGAUCUUUGUGUACGCAAAGGUCUUCCUAAUAGCAAGACGGCAGGUGCAGCUCAUUGAUAAAAGCCGAAUGCGUUUCAAGCAUGAGUGUCCGACAAUGCACAUGCAAGUCGAUUCUGAUAUGAACAAUCCAACCCUCCAGACGCUAUGCAUAAGCCAAGCUACGGGCAACACCUCUAUGGCGCGGAAGGGCGUUAAGCGAAGACCAUCCCGGUUGUUGCUUGUCAAAGAACACAAGGCCCUAAAAACUUUGGGUAUCAUCAUGGGGACGUUUACGGUGUGCUGGCUGCCGUUUUUUGUUGCCAACAUCAUCAACGCUUUUGAUCGAAGCGUUCCGUCGGAGAGGAUCUUCAGACUUUUGAACUGGCUUGGUUAUGUCAACUCUGGCCUCAAUCCCAUCAUCUACUGUCGGAGCCCGGAGUUCCGCGCUGCUUUCAAGCACCUCCUGAGCUGUCCGUGGCUGUCCACCCUCUGGCUCAAUACAUUCUACAAAGAAGUGCAGACUUGUUGCUCCUGCUUUCAAUGGCGAGCUGAGUCAGGUCUGGUGGGUUCUUUCCAAAAAACUCCAUCUGGUAGCUUGGCCAGUGCUCGAGGGAACAAGAGCGAAGAGGCUUCCCCAGGUCCUCUCCAGUCCAAUGGCAGCUCACAGUUCAGUGAUUUAUCACAACCGGAGGUCAGAUUCUUCACAUUGCAAGAAAAAGAAGGAUGAGGACUUUCAUGCCCCAGACUACUGAAGCCAUCACUGUGAUUCCCAGAAGCCAAUGAGGAGCCUCCAGUGAACAGUGAGGUCCAGCACUAAGAUGGCGGGACAAGCUCAAGAGAAAAUGUUGAUUUGCAACAGCUAUUCACAUGCAGCGACAUCAACGUGAAACUUAACACUGAAUGGAUUUGAAGAUGAACUUCCAAGCAAUAAUUUACAUACAAACUGAUAGGCUCCUGCUUGUGGUUUCAAUUUGUAAAAAAAAAAAAAAAAAAAAAAGCACAAUAUGACAUAAUUUAUCUAUUUAUCUUCAACAAAAUAUGCUUCCUAGGAUUCCUUGUCUGGGAAUAUUAAUUUCACAAAAACUAACAGGCUGUCCUGUGAAAUCAAUUUGGGUAUCUGCUUUCAUCAGUGAGACUGUGAACUUAUUAGUUAGUUAUCGUAUCUAAAUCUGAUGAAUAAACAAACUUAAAAGAAAUAUACUAAUCGAAAUCACCCUUUUUGAAUUUACUACCCACAAAAGCCAGGACACUGAGUUAAUUCUUAUCAGGAGUUUCCCAUCAAUUUGCAGUAACAGAUGACAAGCUGCAAAUAAAAUGUCACCAAUUCCAUUCACGGCUAUUAACAAACUUUUUUUGGAAAACCACUUCAAGGACAACUUUUGAUGGAUGUGUCAAGCGAGAUGCAUAACAACACGCAGCAUAUUAUGCAAUGUAUUGGCCAAUCCACUGCUCGCAGUAGUAUUCUAAUCAUGCCAUGAAAGAACCCCACAAAUGACAUUAUACAUGGCAGAAUCAUCUUGUCCUGCCACAGUUUAAUCAUUGAAAAAAAUUCAGGGUAGAAUACCCACUUUUUUUUUUUGCCUUUUAGAGCAACGUCUCACAAAGCUAGUAGUCUACACCGCCGGUCUGCUUGCUCGCCAGGUUCAUUGAGUGAUCUGAUAAGAUACAGCAAAAAUUCAUUCACCUCAUCAAUUACUUUUGUCCCCUGACUCCUUUGUGUGCGUUAUGUGUGAGAUAGCGCCAUAGUUGUGUUGCACUGAGAAAUAAAAAUAGAAAUGCAAACUA